GGAACGCCGAACACCGUCCUCAAGUUACAGACAGACACCAAGACAUUAACUGUAACACACAGACUCUUACACACAGGAUCUGACCACAGAUCAGACCCAGAGAGGCUGGGGAGACUGGGCUGUCCUCCUGCUCCCGGUUCAGAGUACUUACCAGUAUUUCACCAGAGCCAGAGGAUGGUUAAUUCCCGUGGGGAUGGCUAUGGUGACGCGUUAGACACUGGCGGUGAUGAUCCGUCUUGUUCUUACGCUACAGAGAUGGACCCUAGCAACAUGCCCUUGGGUUUAGAGACACAGACUGAUCUGUCUAGAGGGGACUGGAACCAGUACAGUAGUAGUGUAUACUCUGAAGGGUGCCUAGAUGAGAAAGGGGAGGUUAUAGUGAUAGAUGAGGUGAAAGUGGAGGGUGACGCUCCUCCCACAUGGAAUGCAGAUAGUCACAUAGGAGACGGACACUCACAGGGCACAUAUUUCUUAGAUUACAGGGGAAGCUUAGAGACAAAUCCAAAUGUCACUAGCCUCUCUCCUUUACACACGCUCAGGGAUCGUGACCCAGUGUCCACGUCGAUGGGGCCUUCCGAUUCACACGGCCGCGUCCUUUUCGAUCAGGUAUUGAACUCAAACGACAGGGCUAGAGCCCAGGCUCAGGGAGGAGGAGCCACAUCAGGCAAUACUAAAGAGAAACGGUUUCUCUGCAUGUUCUGUAACAAAGGCUUCAGCUGCCCUAAAAAAGUGGAGAUCCACCAGAGGGUCCACACAGGGGAGAAACCCUACAGCUGUACGCAGUGUGAGAAGAGGUUCUCCCGCCAGGACCACCUGAAGAUGCACCUGAAGGUCCACACGGGAGAGAGGCCAUUCGCCUGUACACACUGCGGGAAGAGGUUCUCAGAGAGGAGAUACCUCAGGAUACACCAGCAGAAAAAUCAUUCCACUCUAUAACAUAGAAAGUAACCAUUCCACUCGAUAGAUUCUGACGUUUAGAUUAAACCCUGCAUUAAAGACAAAGUUGAAUUUUCAUUGUCAGUAGAGAAGAUCCACAGAUGCAUUUGGAAUAACGAGAGUAACAGAUUUCAGUGUAGAAUAUUCCUGGGUAGAAUAUUGCAUCCAGACGUGUGAUAUAUAAGCCUAAAAAGUCUGUCACAUAUUGUGUUUGUACUGUGUAGGCUAUAUGAUGUUUUCAUAUGGUUUAUUUAACACUUGUUUAUGUUUAAUAAACAUAA